AUGUGUUUGCCACUGAAAUUCAUACAAUUAUUCAUUCGAAUAAAUUGUUUUUGUUUCAUUAUAUUUGGAAUUGUACUUAUUUCUCAAGUAUUUGUUACACUAAAUGAUGACAUCAAUAAUGGCAAAGAUGUAAGAAAUAUAUUUAUUAACUUUUUAGGGAGUAGUAUUUACAUUUUCAGUUGGUUUAGCUAUAAUUAUAGUUGGGGCAUCAGGAUUAUUAAGUUCAUAUUGUCCUAACUUUUGCAUUAUAUUUGUCUAUUCCUGUUUUAUUAUCUUUAUAGGAGUAUUAACAAUCUAUGUUACAAUAUGUUUAACAAUCUUACAAGAUUAAUUAAUGAAUAAAAAUUUUGAUGAUUGCAUUUCUUCAUCUUUGCCUUCUGCUCAAAAAACUAAAGAAUAAAUUUUAUGGGCGGAAACACAGUUUUGUAAACAAAAUUGUCUUUGUUAUAUUGAGAAAAUUUAAGAUUGGGAUCCUGAUUAUUUAGAGAACAAUCGAAUUUCUUAUACUACCAAUAAAUAAAUUAGUGACAUCAUCAAAUAUCCUGAUUGCAAUAAAUCAAUUAAAGUAGAUGGUGUGUCUUAUAAUCAAAUUGCAACUUUAGAAGAAAAAUACAGUUGUUCAGGAUGGUGUAAAUAGCAUCCUGUUUACUUAUUCUCAAACAUUAAUAAUGGAAUACCGUAUAUAUUUUAUUAAUAUAAGAAAAGAUGGAUGUUUUACCUAUUUUUAAUAAGAAUACAUUUACUAUGUCAAUAGAUCAUAUAUUGAUUAUCUGAUUGUUGAUAUUCUCUAUAUAUUUAACUUAGGAUUUGCUAUCUGUUAAUGUUAUUAAACAAGUAGACAUAAAAAAUCUAGAAUAUAUCCAUAAAUACUUUAUGAGCUUGCAUCCCAAUGA